AUGUCUUUCGAAAUUCAAGAGGCCGUUCCUGCGGACGCGGGGGAGCUCACCCAGAUUUUCUUCGCCACAUUCGGCGGGGACUUCAAUCGCACCAUGUUCCCGCAGACACCCGACGUUACCGCCUGGUGGGAGCGUAAUUUCGAAAGCCAGGCUCGUCAAACGCUAGCGAAAGAAGGAAAUGAAGUUCUUCUCAAGAUAAUGGACAACGAGGGUGCGAUUGCCGCAUUCGCAAAAUGGGGACAACCUGUUCAUGCAGGUAGCGAUCUGCAGGAAGAGGAACCCGCGGCCUGGGCGCCGAGUAGCGAUAAGGACCUCUGUGAGCGAUUCUUCUCUGGGAUGGAUGCACAACAUCACAAUUGGAUGGAGAAAAGGCCUCACUACUAUUUGAAUAUGCUGGGAGUCCACCCUUCCCAGCAAGGUCGUGGCCUUGCAUCAAAGCUUCUCAGAUGGGGUCUCACUCGUGCUGAUGCUGAGGGAUUGGAGGUAUACCUGUCAGCAUCACCCGAGGGGAAACCCAUGUAUGAGAAAUACGGAUUCCGGACCGUUGAAUCAUUUUCACCCUUCCCUGACUACGUCCAAGAAGCAAUGAUUCGUCCAGUGACCGUUCAAUGA